CGGCGAUGGCCACCACUGGAUUGCUGUUUGGUUGGGUUGGAUGAUCGCGCGCCCCACACCAUAUCCGACUCCUCCCCGAGCGCAGUUCAGUGUAAAGAUGGCGUCCAUCAUGGAGGGGCCGCUGAGUAAGUGGACUAACGUCAUGAAAGGUUGGCAGUAUCGUUGGUUUGUGUUGGAUUACAAUGCCGGCUUGCUGUCAUACUACACGUCUAAGGACAAGAUGAUGCGAGGCUCAAGAAGAGGCUGUGUUCGUCUCAGGGGCACUGUAAUCGGCAUUGAUGACGAGGACGACAGCACAUUCACCAUCACCGUGGACCAGAAGACUUUCCAUUUCCAAGGUCCAUCCUGACGGUGCCCUGGGUGGAGCUGGGCGGCGAGUGCAGCGUCGUCUGCUCCAAGUCGGGCUACAGCGCCAACAUCGUGUUCGACACCAAGCCCUUCUACGGCGGCAAGAAGCACCGCACCACGGCGGACUUGCAGAGUCUUAAGACUAUGAACAAGUGAAGGAAAGUUGAACGGCGUGAUGUACGCCAAGUGGGCAUCUGGGGAGAACACUUUGUUCAUAGACACCAAAAAGAUGGACAUCAUCAAGAAGAAGGUGCGCAAGCUCGAAGACCAGUUGGACUACGAAUCUCGAAGUGGUGAGCAGCAGCUUUGAGGACCAGUUGACCAGUCUAAAUGGAUCGGCCCCCCUAGAUUCGGGCCAGGCCAAUGGGCCCCAGGAGACAGAAGCCCUGCACCGGCCCUUCGGCCUGGACUCGGACGCGCUGACGGAGACGGUUGAGAGCGACCCUAACCUCUUCGUGGCGCUCUAUGACUUUGUGGCCAGAGACGAUGACGAGCUCAGCUUCACCAAAGGCGAGAAGCUGCUGGGCUACAACGAUGGCGAGUGGAGCGAGGUGCUCUCCAAGAACGGCGAGGGCUUGGUGCCGUCCAACUACAUCACGCCCGUCAACAGCCUGGAGAAGCACAGCUGGUACCGCAGCCCCGUGUCGCGCAGCGCCGCCAUGUACCUGCUCGGCCUGGACUCGGCCGCGCUGACAGAGGAGGUACGCUGGCGCUACAAGAAGAACCACCUGGGGACGGCGGAGAGCGACCCCAAACUCUUCGUGGCGCUCUAUGACUUUGUGGCCGAAUACAAUGACGAGCUCAGCUUCACCAAAGGCGAGAAGCUGCUGGGCUACAACCAUGGCGAGUGGAGCGAGGUGCUCUCCAUGAACGGCCAGGGCUGGGUGCAGUCCAACUACAUCACGCCUGUCAACAGCCUGGAGAAUCACAGCUGGUACCGCGGCCCCGUGUCGCGCAGCGCCGCCAUGUACCUGCUCGGCCUGGACUCGGCCGCGCUGACAGAGGAGGUACGCUGGCGCUCCAAGAAGAACCUCCUGGGGACGGCGGAGAGCGACCCCAACCUCUUCGUGGCGCUCUAUGACUUUGUGGCCACCGGCGAUGACACACUCAGCAUCACCAAAGGCGAGAAGCUGCGGGUGCUGGGCUACGACAAUGGCGAGUCGAGCGAAGUGCGCUCCAAGAACGGCCACGGCUGGGUGCCGUCCAACUACAUCACGCCCGUCAACAGCCUGGAGAAGCACAGCUUGUACCGCGGCCCCGUGCCGCGCUACUCCGCCGAGCACCUAUUCGGCAUGGUCUCGGCCGCGCUGACGGAGGCGGUGCACUGGAGCUCUGAGGAGAACCUGGACGGGGAGUCGGAGAGCGACCCCAACCUCUUCGUGGCGCUCUAUGACUUUGUGGCCGAAUGCGAUGACGAGCUCAGCAUCACCAAAGGCGAGGAGCUGCGGGUGGUGGGCUACAGCAAGUGGAGCGAGGUGCUCUCUGAGAAUGGCCAGGGCUGGGUGCCGUCCAACUACAUCAUGCCCGUCAGCCUGGAGAAGUAUAGCUGGUACCACGGGCCCAUGUCGCGCUCCGCCGCCGAGUACCUGCUCAGCUCACUCAUCAGCGGCAGCUUCCUGGUGCGGGAGAGCGAGGGCAGCCCCGGGAAGCUGUCCAUCUCGCUGUGCUACGAGGGCUUCAGCUACCACUGUUCGCUUGUGGUGGAGGAGGAGGAGGAGGAGGAAGAGGAGGGCCUCGUGUGCCACUACCGCAUCAACAUGUCCUCUGACGGAAAGGUGUACCUGACGGCGGAGAGCCGCUUCGCCACGCUGGCGGAGCUGGUCCACCACUACUCCACGGCGGUGGCGGACGGCCUGGUCACCACGCUGCGCUACCCGGCGCCCAAGCGCAACAAACCCACAGUGAACUGCGUGUCGCCCAUCCACGACAAGUGGGAGAUAGAUUGCACGGACAUCACCAUCAAGAACAUGCUGGGCAGCGGAAGUCACGGCGUGGUCUACGAGGGCGUCUGGAUCAAACGCUCGCGUAUGGUCGCAGUCAAAAAGAUCAAGGACACCAUGGAGGUUGAAGAUUUUCUGAUGGAGGCGGCGGUGAUGAAAGAGGUCAAACACCCCAACCUAGUCCAACUACUAGGCGUGUGCACCCUGGAGCCUCCCUUCUACAUCGUGAUGGAGUACAUGCCCAACGGCAACCUGAAGGACUACCUGAGGGAGUGCGACCGCAAUGAGACCAUGAUGCUCUACAUGGCCACGCAGAUCUCCUCCGCCAUGGAGUACCUGGAGAAGAAGAACUUCAUACACGGGGACCUGGCCACCAGGAACUGCCUGGUGGGGGAGAACCAUGUGGUGAAGGUGGCGGACUUCGGCCUGACCUGCCUGGCCAACGACAACUUCUCCAUCAAGUCUGACGUGUGGGCGUUCGGGGUGUUGCUCUUGGAGAUCACAACCUACGGCAUGUCUCCGUACCUUGGGUUCAAUAACUCAGAGUUGUACGACCUGCUGGAGGAAGGACCCUUGGAGCAGCCUGAGGGCUGCCCCCCUAAAGUCUACGAGCUCAUGAAGGCCUGCUGGCAGAAGAGCCCGUCGGACCGGCCUUCGUUUGCUGAGAUCCAUCAGGCCUUUGAGACCAUGUACCAUGAUUCCAGCAUCUCUGAAGGUACAGCCCACAUCAGAACCCAGCGCGCCGCCGAAGAGGAGGGGAACAGUCGUCCACAACGACAGGCAAAACAAGAGCUAUAAAGAGCCCUCCUUCUAACAAUUAGUGUUUAUGUAUGUUGUGUUAUUUGGAUCAUCAUUAACAUGCAAUGGAUUAACUCAUUCCCAUAUGCCCAUAUCCCGUAUGAAAGUGCAAUUGUUUCAUGCUACGUUUUGAUACAAUUAUUUUUAUUGUUAUUGUUUUUAUGUUGUAAUGUUCUGGUAAAAAAUAAGUGUUUCAAUUUGAUGUCCUUCUUAAAUAUUAAUGUAUUCAUUUUCUCAUUAAACCUGCCCACAACUUUAUAUCAGCCUGUUCAUGAUUAUAAGUUAUCAAAAACAAUGUACUUAUUGCAUUUACCUUAAGUCAAAUGCACAAAACCGUGAAUGAAAAUAAAGACUUUCUCAUCC